AUGGCCGUGACCACCUCACCAACCUACUGCGGAUCGCCGAUUCACGAUGGAUUUGCUACAAUCCGUGCACCAAGGAGCCGGAUCAAGAUAAGAAACCUAGUUGAACCAAAUCACAUGGCUAAUCUACCUCAAAGGCAUUCCGAGUAUUUUACACUACAAAGAACAUCCAAAAAUAAUUUCCUGGAGAGCAGUUGUGGAGUACAGUACGUAACAAAUGAAUCGCAAAAUGUAAAUAAACCUUCAAGACUUAGCUUAACCGAACCCAUUUAUGCCAAAGUAAGCCCGCCGCAAUCUUUAUGCAACUCGCCCGUUAAACUUAUAAAUGGAAGGCAAGAGGUUCAUUAUAAGUCCAUUAAUACGAAGCCUCGGAGGCGCUUGCAAAGUUUAGAAUUAUCUCGAGAAACUGAGGCAGAUAACGAUGAAAAACUCAACGUCACAAUAGUGAAUAACGGCGACCGUCAUACUUACGAUACUAAUAUAGCAAGUCAGGACGUCGAACAGCAUUCCGUGCGCACUGACACUACGGGCUCUUCCAUAGACUAUAGAAAGAGAAAUAGCGAUCGCGAUAACUGUUCUGAAUCCUCAUCGUACCUUACCGAUAACGACCGACCCAUAUCGAGCUACAGCGACAACUCCACGAUACCAUCGACGGAUACAGAAGACGUCCUCAAAGAUCUACCGAACAGGUCUAGAUUCCAUAAAUCUCCACAAAAGUAUGCGACUCUUAACAUGAGAAGGCCAAAGUUUAUAGAUCUAAAAACACCUGUAACCGACAAUCCGUUCUAUGGAAGCCUCCAGAGAAAUAAGAUGGGCUACAAAUCUGAACCAAAUACACCGAUAUGUACAGAAAAUGAAUUAAAUGAUAGCUCUAGUAUAAUUAGCGAUGUACAAAAAAUACCAAAAAUGCCGUUACAAAAUAGAAAUGGAGUGAGACGUUCGAUCAGUGAAACGAAUGGCUUUACCAAGCGGCUUAGCUACAGGCACUCGUUCAGUGCGGAUUUGAAGCCUCAAUUAAACAUAAGAAGACCGCAUAAGUGUUGUGAAUGUAUAACUGGUAUUCCGGCUGAUGGAGACAGAGAGACGCUUUCCAGGCCGUUAGGUACCUUAUAUGAAUCUCAAGAUCCAAAAGUGGGAUGCCAAACCAUUCUACGAUCGAAGCCUCCAGUACCAUGGUGGGAAUUGGCUAUAAAGAAAUCAAGAUACAAAAGCUGCCCCAUUCUAGAAGACGCGCACGUGGUGUCUGCCUUCGAACAAAGCCUUUCGAACAUGACCCAACGACUUCAACAACUGACUGCAACCGCAGAGAGAAAGGACUCAGAACUAACGGAACUACGUCAGACGAUUGAGUUACUUCGAAAGCAGUCUAUACAAGCUGGUCUGACCACGGCACACAUGCAGUCCAUGGGCAUUCGGGCAGAUGGAGUCAAUGUCACGGGCCAGGACCCAACACCCACACCAAACCAACAAUCAUCACCACAGCGUCUGGUUCAGACAGGGAACGGCGCGAUUACUCGCCACCUUUCUACGGACAGUGUUUCCAGCAUCAACAGCCUAAGCAGUGGCUCCUCAGUUCCACACGAUAAGAAGCACAAAAAAAAGGGCUGGUUGCGGUCGUCGUUUACAAAAGCAUUCUCGCGGAACGCGAAGAUUUCGAAAACUGCGAAGCACGCUUCCCUUGGGCAACUGUCGUCUCAGGACAGUUCGUCCGGGUCACAUCACUAUGACGACCCGCACACAAUCAGAGAAGGCAGCAACGAGAACAGCCUAGAACAUUCCCACGAAACACUCGACAACUCGAAAGACAAGACGACUUGCCCCGCGGCCAAACCCGACGAACAAACCAAAGAGAAACAAGACCAAGCCUUAGUAGACGAAUUAAAGAGACAAUUACGAGAAAAAGACUUAGUAUUAACAGAUAUACGAUUAGAAGCACUUAGUUCAGCUCAUCAACUGGAGAGUCUUAAAGAUACUGUUAUAAAAAUGAGGAAUGAGAUGUUAAACCUGAAGCAAAACAAUGAACGCCUCCAAAGGCUGGUGACGUCACGAUCCUUAGCUGGUAGUCAGAGUUCUCUAGGGACGGGUGGCUCUGCAGUAGAAGAUCCGAGAAGAUUCAGUCUUGCUGAUCAAGCCACUAUGCAUCAGGCGACAAUGGACAUGCAUUCACAACCAUUGGACCUGGAUUUUAAUUGCGUCACAUCAACGCCGUCCCGAGAUAAAAAGGGAUCUCCUAAAUCAAAUAUGGAGCCAAUAUACGGAAACAAUGUAACCUGCGAGCUUAAUGAAAAUAGUGAAGCCAUUCUCGGAGCGCUUAAUGGUUCUAGCGAUAUAUUCACUAAUGGACUUAACGCCGGCGAUAGAAUGAGCGGAGAUUACGAUAUCAACAGCGUGCUACCUCCACCUAAAACGAGGGAACUAGCGAUCGGGGAAAGCUAUUCUGAUAUCGGUGUAGCGGAUAGCCAAGGUGAUACGACGGAUGGGAAAAAAAUAGCAAUAGCAGUGUAUCUUGGACAACCGGAGACAUUCCAGAGAUAUUUCGAGGAAGUUCAGGAUACCCUCACUGAAUCAGAAUGCAGAUUCUACGCGAAGCAAUCUGCCAAUGCAUACAGUAACCACUACGAGAAGCAAUCGAGUUUUGACUCGCCGCGCAUGUCACAGAAUCAUAGUCCAGAAAUAGAAUCGCAAGACUACCCUCAAACUAUAAAUAAGUCAAACACUAAUAGUCUUAAGAGUAACAAAUCUACACAUAGCAAUUCCUAUAAGCACGUUUACAAUAGUGACUCGACAAUAAAUUGUAAUGAAUUUACAAUAGCAUAUACAUAUAUUUCCGGUAAGACGACGUGGCAAAACUUAGAUUACAUAGUGAGGAAAACUUUCAAAGACUAUCUGUCGAGGAUAGACCCGGGAACAAAUCUUGGCCUCAAUACGGACUCAAUAACUUCGUACCACUUGGGAGAAGCGACGCGAGGCCCUGAGAUUGGUUUUCCCGAAUUGCUCCCAUGCGGAUACAUCAUCGGCACAGUGAAUACGUUGUACAUAUGUCUUCAAGGUGUUGGGAGUUUAGCAUUUGAUAGCCUUAUACCAAAAAAUAUAGUAUACAGAUACGUUUCUUUGCUGUCGGAACAUCGACGCGUGAUCCUUUGCGGGCCAAGCGGCACGGGAAAAUCAUACUUAGCAGCAAAAUUGGCCGAGUUUUACGUGCAACGGACGCAGCGGCGAGGAAAUCCCGCUGAAGCGGUAGCCACUUUCAAUGUGGAUCGUAAGUCAUGCAACGAACUGAGAGCGUACUUGGCGAAUAUAGCGGAACAGUGUGGAGCCACGGUCGGUGCUGAUGAAGCAGCCCUACCUUCGGUCGUAGUUCUUGACAAUCUCCAACACGCUUCGGCCCUUGGAGAUGCCUUCGCCGGUCUGUUGCCGCCGGAUAAUAGAAAUAUGCCUGUCAUUAUUGGCACAAUGUCGCAAGCUACAUGUAACACCACUAAUCUUCAGCUACACCACAACUUCCGAUGGUUGCUUACCGCGAACCAUAUGGAGCCAGUUAAGGGAUUUCUAGCUCGGUAUCUUCGUCGGAAACUGUUCUCUCUGGAAUUACGGCUUGGACGAAGGGAGCCUGCGUUAGCUGCUGUACUGGAAUGGUUGCCCGGUGUCUGGUCGACACUCAACGCCUUCCUUGAAGCACAUUCAUCUAGUGACGUCACCGUUGGUCCCAGACUGUUUCUAGCCUGCCCUAUGGAUUUAGAAGCUAGUCAGGCUUGGUUCGCGGACGUCUGGAACUAUAGUAUAGUGCCAUACGCAUCGGAGGCGGUUCGUGAAGGAGUGGCUCUAUACGGCCGUAGGAGACACGCUGCUAUCGAUCCUCUACAACACGUUAAGUCUUCGUAUCCAUGGAGAGAACCUAAUCACUCCCACACUUUACGGCCAAUUACAGUAGAAGACAUGAACAUUGAAGAAGGAGGCCAAGAUACCAGUGCGAAUACCAACCAAGAUCCACUGUUAAACAUGUUAAUGCGACUUCAAGAGGCAGCCAAUUACAGCGGAAACCAAAGCCAGGAUUCAGACAACGCAAGUAUGGACUCGAAUCUCACCCACGAUAGCUCAAUGGGAAACGAGCUUUAA